AUGAAUAGCCUCUUCAGGCGGCUGAAGUUCAGGAUCCAAUCGACAAUGAGUAUUCCAAGAGGUAACAAGAGCGAAAAACAAGUGAUUUCCAUUAUUGGAACAACAGGUGUUGGUAAAUCACAAUUGAGUAUUGAGCUAGCACGUAGAUUUAAUGGGGAAAUAAUUAAUGCAGAUUCUAUGCAGAUGUACCAUGGCCUGGAUCAAAUCACUAACAAGCAUCCCACUGAAGAACGCCUGGGGGUGCCGCAUCAUGUUAUGGACCAUGUCAAAUGGGAGGAACAAUACUACAUUCAUCGAUUCAAAAGAGAAUGUGAAAAUGCCAUGAAAAAAUGUUGGGAUGAUGGCAAGAUACCUAUACUUGUUGGAGGUACGCAUUAUUAUUUGCAAAGUGUCCUGUUUGAUAACAAAACCAUCGGGUCCAAUGAUGAAGUUGAAGUGGAUGCAAGUAAACUGACCAAAGAGCAAAAGGAAAUUUUGAAUGGUGAUUCAAACAUCAUCUAUGAAAAAUUGAAAGAGAUGGAUCCUGUUAUAUCACAGAAAUUUCACCCAAACGAUACACGUCGAAUCAAACGUGCAUUAGAAGUAUGUUACGUUUUCAAUGAGCCUGCGAGUAGUGUAUAUGGCAGGCAGAGAGAAACAAAUGACUCUAAUGGAACAUCUUUAAAAUAUGACACAUUAUUCUUUUGGGUUUAUUCUAAACUCCCUCAGUUAGACACUCGUUUGGAUUCCAGAGUCGACAAGAUGAUGUACAAUGGGGGUUUAACCGAAUUGGGAGAGUUGUAUAAGUUUUACCAGAAGGAGAUACUGGUGGGGAACGAAACUGUUGAGAAAAUGGAUAGUGGUGUUUGGCAGGUUAUUGGAUUUAAAGAAUUUUUGCCUUAUUUGAACAAGCAUGGUCCAGAUACGUUGAUCGCUAUAGAUUCCGCUGUUGAUACCAAAGAAAGAAAUGAGGCAAUUGAUAAACUUCUGAUGGAGAAGGAGUUUGCUCAGUGUUGUGACGAGAUGAAGUUGAAGACCAGAAGGUAUGCCCGUAAACAGAUAAAAUGGAUCAAAAACCUCUUAGGUCCACAGUUAAAGGAAGAAGAGGCCAAUGGUUUUGUGAAAUUUGGUAAAAUAUAUGUGUUGGAUGCCACUAAUCUAAGCUUGUGGAAUGAAGGAGUUGGGAAACGUGGGAAGCAGAUAUGUGAAGAGUUUCUUCGGCUAGGAUAUGUGAAGCAGUUCGUGGAUAUUCCUGACUCUUUGAAUGAUGAGAAGUUGAUAAUCGAAAAGUCACCAAAUAAGGCUGAGAAUUGGGUGCAUCACGUGUGCGAGAUUUGCACUGACCGAGAAACUGGUAAACCUUUGGUCUACGUCGGUGAUCAGUGGGAAAUACAUUUGAAAUCAAAGAAACAUAGGCAUAAUUUAAAUAGAGGGAAAAGGAAGAGAGAGUAUGAGGAAUGGUUAAAGAAGAAGAACGUAAAAUAA